AUGUCUAGUUGGGAAUGUAAUGGCCAAGAUCGGUGGUUUCUACGUUGCUUUGAGAUCUAUUUAUAUUUUAUUAUUUGGAAUGCCGAAAUUGUCUCCAUGGGGUAUAUUACAAAAAUACGUGUUGGUGUGCAGAACGUGCAGACACAG